AUGAAGGGGCCAUCUAGUCUUAUGAAGGGGCCAUCUAGUCUUAUGAAGGGGCCAUCUAGUCUUAUGAAGGGGCCAUCUUGUCUUAUGAAGGGGCCAUCUAGUCUUAUGAAGGGGCCAUCUUGUCUUAUGAAGGGGCCAUCUAGUCUUAUGAAGGGGCCAUCUUGUCUUAUGAAGGGGCCAUCUAGUCUUAUGAAGGGGCCAUCUAGUCUUAUGAAGGGGCCAUCUAGUCUUAUGAAGGGGCCAUCUUGUCUUAUGAAGGGGCCAUCUAGUCUUAUGAAGGGGCCAUCUUGUCUUAUGAAGGGGCCAUCUAGUCUUAUGAAAGGGUCAUCUAGUCUUAUGACGGGGCCAUCUAGUCUUAUGAAGGGGCCAUCUAGUCUUAUGAAAGGGUCAUCUUGUCUUAUGAAGGGGCCAUCUAGUCUUAUGAAAGCGUCAUCUAGUCUUAUGAAGGGGCCAUCUAGUCUUAUGAAGGGGCCAUCUAGUCUUAUGAAGGGGCCAUCUUGUCUUAUGAAGGGGCCAUCUUGUCUUAUGAAGGGGCCAUCUAGUCUUAUGAAGGGGCCACCUAGUCUUAUGAAAGGGUCAUCUAGUCUUAUGAAGGGGCCAUCUUGUCUUAUGAAGGGGCCAUCUAGUCUUAUGAAAGGGUCAUCUAGUCUUAUGAAGGGGCCAUCUAGUCUUAUGAAGGGGCCAUCUAGUCUUAUGAAGGGGUCAUCUAGUCUUAUGAAGGGGCCAUCUUGUCUUAUGAAGGGGCCAUCUAGUCUUAUGAAGGGGCCAUCUAGUCUUAUGAAGGGGUCAUCUAGUCUUAUGAAGGGGCCAUCUAGUUUUAUGAAGGGGUCAUCUAGUCUUAUGAAGGGGCCAUCUAGUCUUAUGAAGGGGCCAUCUAGUCUUAUGAAGUGGUCAUCUAGUCUUAUGAAGGGGCCAUCUAGUCUUAUGAAGUGGUCAUCUAGUCUUAUGAAGGGGCCAUCUAGUCUUAUGAAGGGGCCAUCUAGUCUUAUGAAGGGGCCAUCUAGUCUUAUGAAGGGGCCAUCUAGUCUUAUGAAGUGGUCAUCCAGUCCUAUGAAGAGGUUGUUUAGUCUUAUGAAGGGCUUAUCUAGUCUUAUGAAGGUAUCAUCUAAGCGUAUGUAA